AUGACCAUAAUUCCGCCCGGUGCCAAGCUGGCGCCUGUUGAUCUCCCGCCGCCCCCGCCUGCGGCAGACCCCCGCGAGCCAGAGGGCACGCGGCGCGUGUCUAGAACUCCUGGCCGCGCAAAGUCGCCAUACAGCAGUCGCGCCAACUCGCCCACGCGUCCGCGUGCCGAGUCCGGCAGCCCUCCCCCGCUGCUCGCGCCCAAGCCCCGUAACGCAUCCGGACAGGGGUCAAUAAGCAAGCAUGGGUCUGUGCACCUCUCGCGGCCCAGCUCGCCAAGCAGCAUCCACUCGAGCGGAAGCGCGAUCUUUGAGCGUGACAUUGAGAUGCCUGCUGCCCAGAGCCUCAGCACGCUCGGCCACAAGGGAAGCCGCGUGUUCCACCACCCGCACGGCUCGACGCUCGAGCACACGGUCCCCGCCGUGCUCGACGACGCGGUCGAGGCGCUCACUGCGUCUGGGCCCGAUAGCAUUGGCGAGCUCGAGAUCGAAGCGCCUGCGUCCACGACGGGCGCCGCGCGCUCUGGCUCGGCCAGUCUCUCGCCGGCGCUGCGCUCGCGCGUCGCGUCUAUGCCGCUCAGCGCAAGCCGGUCGCCCUCCCCCGAAUCGAGCCCGCACCCGCCGCACGCUCCCCCUCUCUCGCUGAUCGCGGCCGCUCUCGCACCCCACAUUCAGUCGAAGAGCCCGACGACCUCGCCGACCGCCGUUGACACCCUGCAGAGCAUGCCCGACUCGCCCACCCAGAUGUACCACGGCAAGCACCGUCCCGCGCCAUUGCGGCAUCUCUCGACGGGGCCCCAGCUGCCGGGCGGAUGGGCAUUUACGGACGAGGACUCUACGGGCGCAACCGCCAUCAGAAGCGAGAGCACGAGCGGCGCUUUGACUCCCAUGCCAACUGCCCUCCCGUCGCACCUGACGCCGACAAAGGAGAAGCGCCGCGUCAGCUUCAUCUCGUACAACGACCUGUUACUCAGCGUCCCGACCGCUGUCACGUCUCUUGACGACAUUACCACUGGCAACCACGCUCCUGACCACCUCCCGGGCACCGUGUCGCCAAGCGUGCCGUCGCGCUCGCCCGUCAUGGCCGCGAGUCCCAGCUGCCUCUCUGGACCUGUGGUGCCCGACAUGCUCCGCCCGCUCGGUGGCAGCAUUCUGGAGGGCGAGUGGCAGCGCGAGGGCCUCGGUAAGGGCCUCGAGCAGCGCCUCGAGGACCUUGCGUUCAACGACAAGCACGUGACUCCGGAACAGAAGGCCUAA